GCCAGUCCUUCCGUGGCUUUGCUCGAGCGCCCGCCCAGUCUGUGGACACGGGGGUAGGGGUGGGUCGGCCCGGCGAGGGCUGUGUGCUCCAGAAGCUGCCGCGACUUCAAGAGAUGGAAAAGGUGCCCGUGACCAAUGAAGAGAAAACAAUGUCUGCCAACCUAAAAUAUCUUUCCUUGGGAAUUUUGGUGUUUCAGACUACCAGUCUGGUUCUAACGAUGCGUUAUUCUAGGACUUUAAAAGAGGAGGGUCCUCGUUACCUGUCUUCUACAGCAGUGGUUGUUGCUGAAUUUUUGAAGAUAAUGGCUUGCAUCUUUUUAGUCUACAAAGACAGUAAGUGCAGUGUGAGAACACUGAACCGAGUACUGCACGAUGAGAUUCUGAAUAAACCCAUGGAGACACUUAAGCUUGCUAUUCCAUCAGGGAUAUAUACUCUUCAGAAUAACCUACUCUAUGUGGCACUGUCAAACCUGGAUGCGGCCACCUACCAGGUUACAUAUCAGUUGAAAAUACUUACAACAGCGUUAUUUUCUGUGUCUAUGCUUGGUAAAAAAUUAGGUGUGUACCAGUGGCUCUCCCUGGUGAUUCUGAUGGCAGGAGUUGCUUUUGUACAGUGGCCUUCGGAUUCUCAAGGGCUGGAUUCUAAGGAACUUUCAGCCGGCUCGCAGUUUGUAGGCCUCAUGGCGGUUCUCACAGCCUGUUUUUCAAGUGGCUUUGCUGGAGUUUAUUUUGAGAAAAUCUUAAAAGAAACAAAACAAUCAGUGUGGAUAAGAAACAUUCAACUUGGUUUCUUUGGGAGUAUAUUUGGAUUAAUGGGUGUAUACAUUUAUGAUGGAGAAUUGGUAUCAAAGAAUGGAUUUUUUCAGGGAUAUAGUCAACUGACAUGGAUAGUCGUUAUUCUGCAGGCACUUGGAGGCCUUGUAAUAGCUGCUGUCAUUAAGUAUGCAGAUAAUAUUUUAAAAGGAUUUGCGACCUCCUUAUCCAUAAUAUUGUCAACAGUUAUAUCCUAUUUUUGGUUGCAAGAUUUCGUGCCAACCAGUGUCUUUUUCCUUGGAGCCAUCCUUGUAAUAGCAGCUACUUUCUUGUACGGUUAUGAUCCCAAACCUGCAGGAAAUCCCACGAAAGCAUAGUGCUAUCUUUAACUGGUUUUUUCACGAUGGUGCCCUAGGAAGCUCAACAGAAUUAAUCUUGCACAGAGGACUUCUGCGGAUUCUCUGAAGAUAUCAUCCUGCUAAAUCUGCUCAUACUGUUCAAAUGGUUUGAAAAUGUGUACACAUCAGGAUGAAAUGUAUAUCAUCUGGAAACCCAAACUUGGAAGUGUGUCCAGGGAGUAGCAUUAGAGGGAAAUGGGGAGGAGGCCUGAAGUCUGAGCUCAUAAUGACUUCACCCUUUUGGUUGCUGCAGAACUGUCCAGUGCAGCCUUUGCAAGAGCACACAAAUGCAAAUACCAAUGUUUGCAAGGUAGAUCUACUUCCUCUUAUCACAUGUUCUCAGUCUUACUCUUUCUGCACAGAUAUAUCAAAUUACAUGAACUAUUCAAAGUUGGAAAAUUAUAAUUGCCUAUAAAGCUGUGAACAAGCAAAUAUAGUUUAAAACCAUUUUCAUGUAUCUGGGAUUUUUAUAUUCAUACAGAAGAUUGCUAAGUAAAGGAUUGCUAAAUGUUACUUGUUCAAUUACAUAAAACUUGAUGAAGUAAUAGUCUGAGUUUGAUUCAUAUUUAACUUUAGUGUAGAGAGACUCCAUUUCUCUGUAUAUCUUUAGACAAUUUACUGCUUUGAGUCAGCUGAACGCAGUUUGCUUCGUCACAUGCUAGAGGAGCCGGGGACUUUGACAAUGAGGACGUUUUACCAUCAUUUUUCAGCUGUAUUUAUUUUCCAUAAAGAAGAGAAAUUAUUAUUAUUACCUUAAAUUGAAUUUGUGUGUGUUGCCAUUAAAACUUUUUUAAUGAUUUAAAGGGAUUAAGUACUCAUUUAAUAAUUGAAAAUAAAAGAGUGAUUACUGUCCAGUCUCCAUGUGGAGACAUCUGAACUAUGAAGCAUAUACUGGAUAUAGUUUUGAAAUGGAGAAUUUUCCUUUUAUUCUGCAGUAGGAAUUUCUGCAACUGUUGACAGAAGCAACAAUUGAAAAAAUUGUAUUAGUCAUAUCAGUGGACCAAGAACAAGCUGACUUUCUUACAGACAUUCCCUACUGUCAUAUUAUUGCUUUUUUUUUUUAAAGGCAGGACUUAUGUAGACCAGGCUGGCCUCCAGCUCACAGAGAUCUACCAGACUCUGCCUCCUGAGUGCUGGGAUUAAGGGUAUGGAUUCAAAGGCUGUUUAGAAGUUUUUAGGUCUUAAAAGCCCAUUAUCCUUAGGAAUACUCUGAUCAUGUGUCUGGAAGAGGUGGUGGCAUUCUGAUUUCCCUUUCUAUGUCCUCAUGAGUGCUGCUGGGAAGGAGCAACCAUUUGCUUUAAAAUAUUAAAUUUUGUCUCUUUUUAACACUGGAGUUGAGGAUAUCAGCUAUGAGUUAUUUAAUAAGCUGAUUCAAAAGAGAGAAUAUAUUAGAAAUAGUAAAAUGAAGUGAGAGGCAAAAAUACAUUCUAUAUUUGGAAUAUAAUUUAUUUAAUUAUUGACUAUAUGCAGAAUUACCUAUUGAAUAUAAGAUGUAUUUUACUUUAUUUUUUCAUUUAUCUUGUAUAUAUUUUAAAAGUUUGUUCUAAUAGAUACAAACCUAUAAGAAGAUGACUAUUUUUUAUGUAGUUCUAAUAGAUUUCGUUAAUGGAGUUUUGUUAAAUAGUACUCAAAAGUACUGUUAUUAAGAACUGUAAGGUACCCUUGGCUAACUUGGACUGGCUGUUUGAUCUUGUUAAUGCACAUGUACUCUUAACAGUGUACACGCCUAACCAGUUCCCUUCAGAGUUUCAAAGUACUGAAAAUUAAAGAGUGUUUAAAGUCAUUGACAAAGCGAUGCCAGGUUUUCUGAAUGCCAGGUUUGUGGUUUUUCAGUGAUUGAAUAACUUAUAGAGAUUGAAUAACUCCAUUUUGAGCAAAGUGUAUGGCCACCACAGCAUUCAAGCUAUGUCCUAGGACCUAUGACUAAGUGCAACCUGGAUCUUGCAAAUGUUCAAAAUUUAUGAAUACAGAUUCAUGUUCAGCUCACAUUGAAGCAUUUUGUGUGUAACUGUGCUACUACAGUGUGAAUUCACAAUCAAUGGUUACUUAAAUCUAGUCUAUCUCUGUCUUAACCCUACAGAAAUUUAUAUUAGGUGUCAUUUAUAUUUUUAUUUUCUAGUCAGUUCAAAAUGUUAUUGGGCUGAAUGUAUAGUUUAAAAAUUUAUAAGGAAAUAAUCACAUUUGGGGGAAAAUGGGCUUGUGUCGUAUAUUGAUUCAGUAUAUAUUGAUACUGAAACUUUGUGUUACAUGGUUUGUUUUGAUAAUGUUCACAUUGUGGCUGUGUCAUGCUUUCCUAGUAACUUUUGGAUUAUUUAAAUUUUGUGCUUUUAGAGUGUACUUGUUGUUUCUCUUUUCACUGAUAUGGAAUGUGUGAAUUCACUGCACUAAAGUUGCCCGGAAGCUGGCUGCAGCAGCAGGCCUCAGGGCAGCAUAGCAGCUCUUUCCCGGGGGGUUUCCAAGCUGUAAGUUGCUUUUAUAAUUGGAAUAUAUAGUUGAAAAAUGCAGAAUUCAGUGUUUACAUCAGUUUCUAUGGAAUACCACAGAAUUUCAUGUAAAGAAAAGGCAGUUUGAUAUUUAAACCAGAGUCUAUUAAGAAAUUCCAAGAGGGAAUUGACAUUCUGCUCUGAACACUUAAGUAGAAUGCUGACUAUUCUUACAAAUCAAGCUAGUAGACUUUAAAUGUCAUUAUACAAUCAUUUGACUGAGGUGUUUUGUUCUGUUUUCAUUUCUUUUUGAGGCAGGGUCUUACUCGGCGGCCCUGGCUGGCCUGGAACUUGCUGUGCAGAGCAGGCUGGCCUUGAAUUGACCAAGAUCUGCCUGCCUCUGCCUUCCCAGUCCUGGGCUUGAAGGUGUGUGACAUCACUCCCAUUUGAGUUUUGUUUGUAAAGAAAGGUCUGGCAGCAUUCAUUCUGUUUAAACCUUCAUUGUAGGAAGAUUUGAUUUGUAUAGAUGCAUCUUUCAUGGAAUUUAGAAAAAGUAUUUAUGUUAUAUUGAAUCUCCAAGAUAUUUAAAGUAGUUAUAGGGCCAAAGAAUAUGCACCUUUACCACAAUCUGGUCCUAUGUGCCUUGCUUUACCAAAUAAAUACCUGACUUUUGUGGAGAAUAUUUCUGUAAUUUACAACUUUAAACACAUACUUGAAAUUGGGAAUUUUUUUUUUUAAAGAAUAACUGAGUAACUACAAUUCUAGCUUUUGGUUGUUUUGACAUUUGCUCUUUAAAUCCAUCAUCUAGCAAACUGAUACUAAGUAUCCUAUCAAAGUAUCGACAACUAGCACUUGUUUAAGUAACUUGUGACACCUGCACCAUGAUUCAGGUUGGAGACUUUAACAACUGUAUAUAAAUGUCUGUUUGUUGUUUCCUUUCUUGUAAGACAUAAUUUGUUGUGAUUUAAAACAAUAUUUUAAAAAUGAUUUUGACCCUAAAUUGAUCUAUGUCUGUACUUCAAUUUACAUAAAGUGAUUCUUUGGGGUUUGGGAAUGUGAUUUGUAUGUUUAAAUUUGUAUGAAUAUAAUUCAAAGGAAUGUAUAAACUGGUCUUUUAUUAAGUGAUUUUUUAUAUGAUAAAUUUCUCAUGUCAGUUUUUUUGGUAUCCAUUAUUACCUAUAUUUAAUAGAUAAGGGAAAUAGAUUAUUUUCAUAAAUAACUAUAUAUAUUUUUUCCUAUAUUUCUGCUUUCCCUUUUUACCUGUGUCUGAUUUAAUCUGAGGAUUAGUUUCCUAUUUUUAUAUUUCAGGAAUGAAUUGCUCAUUUUUAUCUCUCGGUAACUUUGUAUCACAUGUAAUUUUGCUCCCUUUUCUUUUUUUUAGCCAGAGUGGUUAGAAUUUCUCUGCCUAUAUAGUGAUCACAGCCCAAAAGGAUUCUGUUUGGAAUAAAAUGCUUCUUUGCUGCUG